CUAACUUCCACUUCAUCCAUAAGUUGGUCCAAUAUCCAAAACUAUCCCAAUUUUUUAUUCAUUCUUUGGCUGCUAAUUCGAUAUUGUACAGGCUAUAUAGUUUUAGCUGAAGUUUUCCUUUCAGUUCUAAUCUCAGUAAGCUCCUUAGCCAUGCUAGAAGGCAAAGCAGUUGUUGGUGAGACCGACAUGCUUCAAACCAUGCAACAAGAUGCACUUGAUGUUGCUGCUAAAGCCCUAGAUUUCUUUGAUGUUACCGAGGCUACUGAGAUUGCCCGUUUUAUUAAAAAGGAAUUUGAUGGGACAUAUGGAGCAGGAUGGCAAUGUAUUGUAGGAAGAGAUUUUGGGUCAUUUGUGACACACUGCUGCGGAUGUUUUAUCCAUUUUCAGGUUGGGAGCCUGGCAAUUUUGCUAUUCAGAGGUUCAGCUGGUCCAGAACCUAAGCCAGCUCAAUUUACAGCCUUAGAGGCCUUGAAGACAGUCAUAGCCUGACGUUCCUUUGCGAUUAAUCUAUUGUAAUCUCCACGUUUGGUAGUGUAGAGAAACGAAGUAAAAAGAAAAAUUAAAAAAAAUAUGUAUAUCAUUCAAAUCACUUUAAUAUUUUGCCUUCAUUUCGAUUUCUUAA